CCAUCCCCAAACCAUUUUAGUUUUUUAUCUCUCCAUCUCGCUCACACAUUAGCAACUAGCUUAGUAGAUAGAGAAAUUAAUAAAACCUUAAUCCCAAGUUCCCACACUAUCUCAAUAAAUAUUAUGUUAAACAUGAAGAACAAUAAUAGGAAUAACAACCCUGCACCACUUUGCCCUCCAUUACAAGUCCAAUAUGAUUAUCAUCAUGGAUAUGAUUAUUCUUCCUUAUUGUUCUCCUCAUCAUACUCGUUGGCGGCACCAGCCAACACUGCUGCCGCCACCGCAGCUCCUAACUCAACAUCCUCUCCUCACUCUGGCACCGGAAAAUACCGAGGUACGCGGUGUCGGAGCGGAAAGUGGGUGUCAGAGAUAAGAGAGCCGCGGAAGUCAAACCGCAUAUGGCUUGGGACCUACCCAACGCCGGAGAUGGCUGCCACCGCUUACGAUGUAGCGGCUCUUGCAUUAAGAGGUCCUAAUGCGUAUCUCAACUUCCCCAAUUUCAUGCUCGCUUACCCUAUUCCUGCCUCCUUAUCUGCCCCUGAUAUUCGCGCUGCCGCGGCCGCUGCAGCCGAGGCAAGGCUUGUUACACCACCACCGCCACCUCCACUGCCAACACCACCGGAAAACCCUUCAGAGAUUCUGGGGGAAUAUUUCGAUGAAGAGGAGGUAUGGAAUAUGCCGAGCUUGAUCGAAGACAUGGCCAGGGGAAUGCUUAUGAGUCCCCCAAGAAUGGUGGAGUCCUUCUCCUCUGAAGACUUCGCCGAGUGCUAUUCGGAUCUAUAUAGUACUCUUUGGAGUACUUGGUAAAUUAAAACCAGUUGAGGAUUAAAUAAAAUAACAAUGAUAAUAAUCAUAAUGGUAUGAUUUCUCUCCAUAUGUGUGUUUGUUUUUGUGCUUCUAGCUAGGUCUGGCAACAAAUUGAAGCCUAAAUUAUUAUAUUUCAAAUUGUAGGGUCACUUUCAUGGUGCCCUUUCAAGUGAAAGAACCAAUUCAAAAAAAGCUAAGUUUUGGAGAUUUCAUAGUGCACCUACGUUUGGGCUUAGCUUAUUAUGCUUUUUGGCUAGAAUUAAUAAGCUUCUAUUAUUGUUUAACUAAUUAAUAACAAGUUGUAUCUGAAUAAAACUACCUCUGGUAGUAGCAGGAUGAGUAAUAUGCUAUGCUGCCAAUGAGAAAGUGCUUAUGUGUAAUGUAAUUGCAUAUGUAAGAUAUAUAUAGUGGUUAUUUAUUUAAUUUUGUGCAUCAUUU